GAUCAUUGGACUCACAAUACACACAAUUACAAUUGUAUACGCUAGAUGGCGCUGUUGGAUAACAGUGACAUGUGUCAUAGCCGUUCAGCUAUUAAACCCUCUGUGCAUGUGCUGCUGCCUGCCAAACAGACAGUGUGCUGGACAUCGUGACCGACAUUACAUUUAAACGUGUAACAUUACGAAUGCCCAGAGAAGAAGCAUACCAUGCGAAAAAGUUGCCCAGAGCUCCUCAGGGAAGCAGCCAAUUUAAUUGAAGAAGCCAUAAGAAAUGCUCCAGAACAAGAAACAUCCUCCCCACAGUCACAGGAACGUCCUAACCCUGCUCGAACACCUGUUCAGGCCGAAAUAUCAAGACUCUUUGCGCCUUAUGUCAGAACAAGCAUGACGAGACGACCCGGUGCCCAAGCUAGAAGAAUCUUCAGUUACACACACGUGUUCUGCUGUGUAGCUGACCACCGAGCCGACUCGGUCCCAAGCGUAGGGAUGAAAGCUGACCUUCUCGCUGCAGGACUGGGAGAACAGAGAGUAACAUUUUCAGGGAGUCCCAGUGAUCCAAUGGUUAUAACGAAUAAACUGCUGAAAGUUUAUCCAAAGCUGCAAGAAGGUGGAGGCUUUGAACUUCUUAAAAUUGCGGGAUCAACUCGCAGCCGAAGUCUUGCAUUACUUCCAUGUCCCGCCACUGGAUACACUAUCGCCUUUUUGAAGGACCCAUCCACCAUGAUAGGACAGGCCACAUUGUACAUUCGUCCACUGCAGCAGGAUCUACCCAUACAUUCUGAGAACUCACACCAUGCCUCUGGUCCUGCCAUAACUUGCAUCACUUGUCAGGAGGAGGUUAUGUUUUCUGAGAUGAAGCAUCACAGAAUGACUUGCAAUGAGGCACAAACGCAGGAUUCAGAUGGAGGUCCAAAAAAUGAAGACAGAGGGAACCCAGUCAAUGAUGAUGAAGUGCCUGGACCAUCGGCUGUGGGAGCAGUACAACCAGUAGUGAUUGAGGAUUGUGACUACAAUGAAACAGACAAUGAUUGGAAACUUAUUAAAGAGCCAGCUGAAGCUGCUAAAGUUUUUAAACAGAAUCUUCUAAGGGAGCACGCCAAUGGGGAAACACUCAAGAUGAAGAUGGACAUUCGAGACUCAGAAGAGGAGCGUGAACAACAGCUUCUGUCAUUCUACAAACAGCAGCAGGAGUGGGCAUGUCCACUCAAUUGUACUCUUGCUGGUGAUUCUGCAGUUGGAGAGGGUGUGAUGAGGUACUUCAUGACAACAAUUAUAUCGAAACUCCAGUUUGGAUUCAGUCUAGGGCUUGGAGGAAUGGGCCGGACGGUCUUAUUUGAGGGUGAAAUUGACCAUCUUGUUCCAGCAGCAUCAGAGGCACUUAUUGAAAGCAACCUCUUCCGGGUUGCAGGUAGGAUGUUGGGCCACAGCUUUCUGCACAAUGGCCCCGUUGUCACCGGGUUAAGUCCUGCUGUGAUUCAUGUGCUCUUCAAUGGAGACCCCGAAAUGGCAACUGUUGCUAUCGAAGACUGCCCUGAUCUACACAUCAGGGAUAUCAUAAAACUGCUUGAUCAAGAAGAUCUUACACCUGAAGAGAAGGACACAAUUUCAGAUCUCUGCAUGUCCUGGGACCUCCCACCAGUCACAAGAACAAACAGGAAAUGGCUGCAAAACAAACUUCUCCUCCAUGCAGUCAUUGGUAGGACUACACGGCAGGUAAAACAACUGCGAAGGGGCAUAAAAGACGUGAUGCUCUGGCCACUCCUCUCCUCAAGGCCAGAUGUAGUCCAACUGAUGUUUCCCAGAAUGGUCGAAAUUCAGUUCACUCCCCAGAUGGUCCUACAGAAAAUCACUUGGCCUGUGGAGGACAGUGAUGACGAGGACUUUGAUGUGGAGAAUGUGUGCCGAAUUACUGGGUUCCUGAGAACAUUCGUGGAAGCCGCUUCACCAGGUACUCUGGCUCAAUUGGUGAAAUUCUGGGUUGGCUGGGAGAGGCUUCCUGCUGAAUUGAGGCUGGAGAUUUCAGAAAGGACCCUUCCCACCUCUGCCACCUGCUUCGAAACAUUGAAGCUGCCACAUCAUUUCACAACAUACAGUGAAUUUGAAAAAGCACUUCUCUCUUCCAUAAAUACUGCAGACACAGGAUUUGGGCUACUUUAAUUUUUUACUUUUUAAAAGAAUUCCCUGCAUGUAGCAUCCAUGUCAGCUCAGUUAAGUUCAUAGAGGGCGUCCCAAAGAAUUUACUGUUCACAAACAUCUGUUCUGGCCCAGGGACUGCUGAUUAUGUGAAUAACAUUCAUUUUCAAUGGCUGUUGUUCUCAAAGAGUUUAAUAAAUCUCAAGUUUUGCAU